AUGUGCCCAUGGAGAACAGUGGCUAUAUUUUGUGUGCUUCUUACAAUAAAUAUUUCGGAGCAAAAACAAAUUAGCCCACAGGACGCCAUAAAAGAUAACCAUGUAUCCACGGGCAAUAGGUCACAACGAUUUUUGUUCGACGCCAUCUUCGGUCUUGAAGUGCCGAUUUUGGAUGAUCCAAGCGUGGAAGAAGAUGAAGAAGAGGAACCCCAAGUCAGGAAUUGUUCCUGUGUAUGUGGCCGAGCAAAUCCACUUCCUAGAAAGAUAGAGUGUGGUGGGCCGAACCAAGAGAACCGCAUAGUUGGUGGUAUGCCAGCCGGUGUGAACCGGUAUCCCUGGAUGGCGAGGCUUGUUUAUGAUGGUCAGUUCCACUGUGGAGCGUCUUUGCUAACCAAGGAGUAUGUAUUGACAGCAGCUCAUUGUGUGCGUAAGCUAAAACGCUCCAAAAUCCGUGUAAUUCUUGGCGACCAUGAUCAAACGAUUACGUCUGAAAGUCCGGCCAUAAUGCGUGCUGUCACCGCGAUAAUAAGACAUCGAAGUUUCGAUUCCGACUCAUACAACAACGACAUCGCAUUGUUGAAACUGAGGAAACCAGUGACCUUCUCAAAGAUCAUCAAACCAGUUUGCCUACCACCAGCAAGUACUGAACCAUCUGGCAAGGAGGGUAUCGUGGUAGGCUGGGGCCGUACAUCGGAAGGAGGUCAGCUGCCUGCUGUCGUUCAGGAAGUCAGGGUGCCCAUUCUAUCACUGUCGCAGUGCCGCGGAAUGAAGUAUAGGGCUUCGAGAAUCACCAAUAACAUGCUUUGCGCGGGUCGAUCGUCAACUGACUCCUGUCAAGGUGACAGCGGAGGCCCCUUGCUCAUACAACAGGGUGACAGAUUCCAAAUAGUCGGUAUAGUCUCGUGGGGAGUAGGUUGUGGAAGGCCAGGUUAUCCCGGCGUGUACACUCGCAUAACACGUUACUUACCGUGGUUGCGGGCUAACUUGAAAGACACUUGUCUGUGUUCUAAAUAA